UCUUUUAAACAUUUUUUAAUAUGGCGGAAGAAUUGACCGCCGUCAGGUCGUCUAGUUUUUAUCAAGUGCAAAAUAAGAAGUUUUCACAGUUUUAGGUGCGCGUGUGAUGUUAUUGUGAAGGGUUAUUAAUUCUCAACAAUUGUAGAUCAAUAAACAGUUGCUUUUUACUCUCCAACGACUAAUUCAAGGAUAAAAAUGUCAAAACGGCAAGCGUUUGGCGACCACAGCCCGUCAGAUGAUGACUCAGACUUUGAUGAUGACGAGGACCCUGACAAUUUGGAAGUGCCAGGUGGAGGGAAGACCCUGGCGGCGGCGGCUCGCAUGGGCGACAAGGUCAAGCCCCCACACACCAUCAUGCCUGUCACCGUCAGAGCUACCACCAACCCAUUGGCAGCGGCGUCGGGCGUGGCGUUCGGCCAGGCCACCAACGUGAAGCCCAUCAAGAUCUCCGCCAGCUCGCUUGCCAAGCCGCUGGGGCUCGGCCUCGGCAGGGGAACGCUCGCGGCGCGCGGCGCGGCCGCCGGCUCGUCCGCGUACAGCGCCGCCUCGCUGCUCGCGCAGAUGGAGAUGGUGGGCAUGCAGAGCAUGAACUCGUACCUGCUGCAGAACCUGAACCAGAUCCUGGCGUCGGGCAUGGGCGGCCCGCUGGCCGGCAUGCUGGGCCAGUUCGCGCAGGUGCCGCCCUGGGCGCAGAAGGGGCUGUGGCCCCAAGACAAGAUGCCCGGCGAGGAGGAGGAGGUGGACGACGAGGAGAUGGGCGUCGCCGAGACGUACGCGGACUACAUGCCGCCCAAACUGAAGUUGGGCCGCAAGCACCCCGACCCGGUGGUGGAGACGGCGUCGCUCUCGUCCGUGGAGCCGGUGGACGUGACGUACUCGCUGGUGCUGCCGGACGAGACCAUCCGCAACGGGCUGCUGUCGGCGCUGCAGCUGGAGGCGGUGGUGUACGCCUCGCAGGCCCACGAGCACAUGCUGCCCGACGGCACCCGGGCGGGGUUCCUCAUUGGUGACGGCGCGGGCGUGGGCAAGGGGCGCACCAUCGCGGGCAUCAUCUUCGAGAACUACUUGCGCGGCCGCAAGCGCGCGCUGUGGGUGUCCGUGUCCAACGACCUCAAGUACGACGCGGAGCGCGACCUGCGCGACAUCGGCGCCGGCAAGAUCGAGGUCUAUUCGCUCAGCAAGCUGAAGUACGCCAAGAUCUCGUCGGGCGUGAACGGCAACGUGAAGAAGGGCGUGGUGUUCAGCACGUACAGCGCGCUCAUCGGCGAGACGCAGGCCGACACCAAGUACCGCUCGCGCCUCAAGCAGCUGCUGCAGUGGUGCGGCGACGACUUCGACGGCGUCAUUGUGUUUGACGAAUGUCACAAGGCCAAGAACCUGUGCCCCGUGGGGUCGGGCAAGGCCACCAAGACGGGGCUGACGGCGCUGGAGCUGCAGAACAAGCUGCCCAAGGCGCGCGUGGUGUACGCGUCCGCCACCGGCGCCUCCGAGCCGCGCAACAUGGCCUACAUGGUGCGCCUGGGCAUCUGGGGCGAGGGCACGCCCUUCCCCACCUUCAUGGACUUCAUCAACGCUGUGGAGAAGAGGGGCGUGGGCGCCAUGGAGAUCGUGGCCAUGGACAUGAAGCUGCGAGGCAUGUACAUCGCGCGCCAGCUGUCCUUCCACGGCGUGUCCUUCAAGAUCGAGGAGGUGCCGCUCGCGGACUCCUUCCGAGACGUGUACGACAAGUCGGUCGCGCUGUGGGUGGAAGCCAUGCAGCGCUUCACGGAGGCGGCGGAGCUGAUCGACGCGGAGCCGCGCAUGCGGAAGACCAUGUGGGGGCAGUUCUGGUCGGCGCAUCAACGGUUCUUCAAGUACCUCUGCAUCGCUGCCAAGGUGAACCAGGCGGUGGUGCUGGCGCGCGAGGCGGUGAAGUGCGGCAAGUGCGUGGUGAUCGGGCUGCAGAGCACGGGCGAGGCGCGCACGCUCGACCAGCUCGAGCGCGACGACGGGGAGCUCUCCGACUUCGUCUCCACGGCCAAGGGCGUGUUCCAAACCCUCGUGGAGAAGCACUUCCCGGCCCCGGAUAGGGAGCGAAUCAACCGGCUGCUGGGGCUGGAGGCCAAGACGAAGACCGUGGUGCCCAUCCCGGUUGUCACUCCCCUCAACGGCAAGAACGGCCUCGAUGACAACAACGCAGCCAAGAGGAAAUUGACGGCGCGGCAGCAGGUGAACGCGGCGGCCAAGCGCAUGCGCGGCGGCUCCUCGUCGGACGAGUUCAUCCGCUCCGACGACGAGCUCGACGCCGAGCUGGAGGGCGAGGCGGAGGCCGACUCGGAGCACGAGCGCCGCUCCGACUCCGACCUCAGCGACUUCAACCCGUUCCGUGCCGGCAGCGACAGCGACGACGAGCCGUGGGUGGGACGUAAGAAAAAAGUGGCAAAGAAGAAAAAGGCGUCCGCCGCGAAGAAGAAGACGAGCACUCAGGACAAGAUCGAGACGAUGUUCUCCCGCAAGAGCCUCGCGCCGCCCGCGCCCACCGUCACCGUCACGUCCGCGGGUCGCAGCCUCACCGGCACGCCCGUCGGCACCAACGGCCUGUACCUCGGUCCGUCGCGUGCCGUGGCGCCGGCGCGCUCGGCUAUCGAGCGCGCGUGCAGCAUGAAGGAGCAGCUGCUGGCGGCCGUGGAGCGCCUCGGGCGUCGCCUGCCGCCCAACACGCUCGACCAGCUCGUCGACGAGCUCGGGGGCACCGACAACGUUGCCGAGAUGACGGGCAGAAAAGGUCGCGUGGUGCAGACGGAGGACGGCCAGAUCCUGUACGAGAGCCGCUCGGAGGCCGACGUGCCGCUGGAGACGCUCAACCUGACGGAGAAGCAGCGCUUCAUGGACGGCGAGAAGGACGUGGCCAUCAUCUCCGAGGCGGCCUCCAGCGGCAUCUCGCUGCAGAGCGACCGCAGAGCGCGAAACCAAAGGCGGAGAGUUCACAUAACGUUGGAGUUGCCGUGGUCGGCGGACAGAGCUAUACAGCAGUUUGGUCGCACGCAUCGAUCGAACCAAGUGAACGCGCCGGAGUACAUCUUCCUGAUCUCGGACCUGGCGGGCGAGAGGCGCUUCGCCUCCACCGUGGCCAAGCGCCUGGAGUCCCUCGGCGCGCUCACGCACGGCGACCGGCGCGCCACGGAGACCAGGGACCUCAGCCAGUUCAACAUCGACAACAAAUACGGUCGCACGGCCCUGGAGGCGGUGAUGAAGGCGAUAAUGAAAUACGAGACACCGCUGGUGCCGCCCCCGAGCGACUACUCGGGGGAUUUCUUCCAGGACGUUGCCUCCGCGCUCGUGGGCGUCGGCCUCAUAGUCAACAGCGAGGCCGCACCCGGCAUGCUGGCGUUAGAUAAGGACUACAACAACAUGUCAAAGUUCCUCAACAGGAUACUGGGCAUGCCCGUGGAGCUGCAGAACAGACUCUUCAAAUACUUCACCGACACACUCGCCGCUGUUAUGGAGCAAGCUCGUCGCAGCGGCCGCUUCGACCUGGGCAUCCUGGACCUGGGCAGCGCGGACGAGAGCGUGCGGCGCGUGCGCUGCGUGCGCUUCCUGCGCCGCCACGCCACGGGGCAGGCGCCCGUCGAGCUCCACACCGUGCACUCUGAGCGCGGGCUGGAGUGGUCGGCGGCGCUGGAGAAGCUGUCGGAAGCCAGCUCGCCCGAGGAGGGCUUCUACCUGUCGUCGACGCCGCGCAACGGCAAGCUGACCGCCGUGCUGUGCCUCGCGCACACGCCGGCGCGCCCGGAGCGGCGGGACCGCCUCGCCAAGAAGGAGCGCAUGUUUCAGAUAUACAAAGCGAACACGGGGCUGCAGCUGCGGCUGGAGUCGCUGGCGGAGCUGGAGAAGAAGUUCCGGCGCGUGGAGGCGGGCGAGGCGGAGAGCGCGUGGCGCGCGCAGCACGCGGCGGCGCUGCGCACGUGCGCGCACGCGUACUGGCGCGCGUCGUGCCGCGACCCGCACUGCGAGGUGGGGCUGCGGCGCCGCACGCACCACGUGCUGGCCGGCUCGCUGCUGGCCGUGUGGGCGCGCGUGGAGCACGCGCUGGCGGCGCGCUCGGCCGGCAAGAUGCAGGUCGUGCGCCUCAAGACCGACGACGGCCUCAAGAUCGUAGGAACCCUCAUUCCAAAGAACUGCGUGGAGACUCUCAAGGAGACGCUGUCGUCGGACGCCGUGUCCGUCACCGAGCAGACCUUCGAAUCGGAGCGUUAGGCCGCGCCCCGCCGGAGACAGCAGCCUGAUGGGCCCUACGCGCGGCCGAAGCGACGCGCUGACAAACUAAUGACUGCGUGUAGUAUUUACGUGCGGUUGAAGUAAAGUGAAACGCGCGCGGGAUUCCGUCGUUGAAGAUCUGCAUAAGGUUUUUUAUCAUAUCAUGUAGUGAGUGAAAUCUGUGGCACUAACUACUUGGUGCUUUAAAACACCUCGAUAAAAGAUGGCGACCUCACAGCAGCUGUACUGUUUGGCGGCCAUCUUGGACGGCAGUAACGUCCGAAAUAAGAUCUGAGCUCCUCUCGCGCCGUGCCAGAAGUGUUACUUCAACAAGUCAGAGCUUCGAUAGCUCAAUAGCUCAGCGGUGUAGGUAGCGGACUGACAUUCGAUAGUCGUAGGUUCUCACUCCCGCCCCGAGUAGCCGUGGUUGGCAGGAUACCGCGUGCCAACAAACAGACAAGUCGAAAAUGGCGUUAAUCAUUCCCUCUCCCUCGCACACUGAAACUAUGUUAUAGUGUGUGAACGAGACUGCACGAUUAGCGCCUCUUUGUUCGGAUCCGUUUCUUUUUUGGUACGCGUCAUACGCACUCCUCGGGCCAUAGCGCUUCGUUGAAAGGAAAAGGGGAAUAGAUGUAUUAGUCAUGUUAUUAAAAUGUAUACAAACUGAUGAGGCUGUACACUUGCCACUGCGCGGCGUGCACUCGUUGUUGGCGCUUGUCGCUCGUGAAGGCAGUCGCCUGAACGUAGUCAAUUACGGGCAAUACGAAUGAGUUCCUUUUCGAAUGAUACCAAAUGACGGGAAAAGUAUGUUCCGACGCGGGCUAUUCGAAUCAAUGUACUGAUUUCUAUCGAAUUAUCCUAUUGCAGUUAUGUCGUGCUUAUUAAAAAGGGUUAAAAAGAUUAGCUUUAUAUUGCAAUUUAAACCGUUUACGGGGGAUGUAAAUUAAUAUUUUGUUUUUAAAAACUGCUCGCGGCAAUGAAGUAUACAAUUUGGAGUAGACCUCAGACGUUUACAUAACUUUUUUAGUUUGCACGAAUUAUCUUAUUCCUAAUUAAAAAUAUAUUCGCUGACCCAUCUCGUUGGAGAGGGUUUCGUUUUGUGAUAGGUAAGGACUGUGUCCACUCAAGUGAAUAUUGUGUUCCUCUUGUACGUGUCCGUAGAGACAAGACGUGAUGAGUGUAUGAUAUGAUAGUAUGUUUUAUUUAUUUUACUGUAAUCAGAACUAAGGCUGCACGUACGAACUUGCGCGAUGUUAUAGAGUUCAAUCGAGCUUUGAUCGUGUCGAACAAUGUUUUGAGCGUGCUAGGCGCACUUUGGAUGCGAUUUCGUACGGACAUGCACGAACAAUCCCGACCAUCCCAGUACUAUGGAAGCGGCCAGAUAGAAGAUAGGGAGCGAGUAUUUUUUUUUUAUUGUGAGAUAAACUAGACAAAGCAUGACAGAGCAAUGACGAGGUGUAGGUUGCAGCGCGCGGCGGUAACAUGCCUUUUAACUGUUGCCUUGAAGGUAUUCAAGUUAUAUGUGCAAAAGAUACGAUUGCCGGAAGGGCAUUUCACACCGUAGCGGUUCGUAUCAGAAACGUUGAGCAAAACCGUUUCGUUCGGGUAGAUUUGUUUGAGUGGAUUGGUAGAGAAGUUGAGUUAGUCAUACUUACGCCCAGUCUUCGCGCCCCCAUAGUACUUGGAAAAUCGGGAUUGUUCGUGUGUGUUCGUACGUGCUCGCACGAGUAGAAUUCGUAUGAAAACGCAUCCAAAGUGCGCCUAGCAUUACUUGUCUACCGGUUCGAACUUGCUUAUUCGAAAUCCCUAAUCGCCGCGCAUGUUCGCCCGUCCAGACGUAGCGUAGGAUCGAUGAUUUAAGAUGUACCUCCAAUGGUUUAGCUUUUAUAUAAUAUCUUCAUCUCCCGAUUAAUAGAUAUUAGUUCUGUAAAGAUUCGUUCACGAAAAAAUCUUUUGUACAAAAUGUGUAGUUCGUUGUCAGCUCUUUAGUUAUCGCUGAAUGUUCACAUUUUGAGAAAACUGAAAUAAAUUGACAAACAAAUAUAUCUACAAAUGUAUGUUUACAUUUUGAAAGAGGCGAUCUACCCGAGAUUCGGUCAACCCCGAGUCGCGUGAUGUGUAUAUAGUAUCUACAAAUUGACACAAAAAUUGUUUUUUUUUUUUUUUUUAUCAAUCUAAAAUGAAAAUUGAACUACUUUUUAGUAUUUUUUGUUGAUUUAUGUGAAACAAUGUUGACUCUAGGUUUGUUUAUUAAUAAAUCUAAAUAUUUUUAUUUUGAUAAUUGAAGUAAUUAUUAUUAGAAGUUAUUGAUUUAUGUAAAGCGAUGUUGACUGUAGGUCAUGAUUGUGAUGAUUGAAGUGACAUAAGGUGAGAAUGAGAAGAUAACGCGCGGCUGUAGCGUCCGCAGGCCGUCGCCAGUUGAAACUGCGAAUCCAGACCGUCUGAGAUAGGACUUAUGGGGUCGCAGCAUCAUAUAGCCCCCCAAAGCCUCAAUAGCUGAACGGUUGAGGAGCGGACUGAAUUCCGAAAAGUCGGCGGUUCAAACCCCACCCGUUGCACUAUUGUCGUACCCACUCCUGGCACAAGCUUUACGCUUAAUUGGAGGGGAAAGGGGAGUAUUAGUCAAACUGGUCUUCUCAAACGCAACCCAAACCAACGCAGUAAUGGUACAGCUCCAUUGUCGGCAUUCGGCAAAUGACAUCGCGAAUGCUAUCGUUCCGCACAUUCGCGCUAACCCGAAUGGUCGGUGCGAAUAUAGCCUAUAGGUAUUUUAAAAUCCUGCGGAAUUGUUUGUUUUUCCGGUAUAUAAGAUGCCUUAGGGAGGCCUAUUCGCUGUCACAGAACAUCGCACCUGCCGGCCGGCUCAUUUGCCAAACUCAUUUAAAAUUCAUCAAACACAAAACAUUCGCCGUAUUCUGAAUAGUGGUCUCCAUGAGUGUGGUCAGUUGAUUUGUCGAGUUCUGAACUAUCGUAUGCCCGAACUCGGUUCAUUUGCCGAAUCCCAAUAUUGGAGCCGUACCAUAACUACCGUACCACGUGUUGAACUCGGUGACGUGUUCUGUGACGUUAAUUCACUGUGAUUGUGUAGCUGUAGGUAAGUGCUAAAGUCGUUUAUCAAUUCCUAAAACAAUGUUUUCUUGUUCUCUUAUUUGACAUCGCACAUCCUCAAUAGCUAUUAUGAAACGUGCAUCAAUCGUAUUUUGAUUAUAAUAUUAUUUUGACUCAAUCUGUAAUCUUAUAGUCUGAAUAGUUAUUUUAUAUACCUAGCAAAAUUUCGCAAAUCGCAAAGUGAAAUCAUAUUACAUUAUAUUGCGCAUUAACAGCGACGUUAUGCAAUUAUUUAAGUUUAAGAAAACAAUGACAAAAUGAAGUUAAAAUUAUAACUAUUACAUAAGCUCGUGUUGCGGUUUUAGUAAAUUAACAUUAAUCAUCGUUGGUUGCAGCGCGACGUGCGCCGCGUCCGACUCCCCUGUCUUUAUAUACAAAGACAAAUAAAUGUACAUAAUUAUA